AUGACCUGUAACAGGUGCACAAAUUGGAGAAACGUGGAAUGGUAUUCCUAUGUGGAUGGACAACAAGGAAAUUUAAAGUUGUUUGUUGAAAAUCAAGGUUUCCUCAAGUGCACACCAAACGAAGUUGCUCUUGCUGUCACCACCAAAGAUCCUCCCAACAAAUUCUUUCCUCGUGGUGUUGGAACAUUGGACUACCUUGCUGUGAACGUUAGAGCCUUGAACGUUUUUUAUCUUGAUUAUUUUGGAAUGUUAGGCUCCUCUAAAUUGAGCAAGUCGUCCUUAGAUUCUCUCAAAGCGUUAGGGCGUAUUUUUGCUAUUGAACCUCGUUUACCAGCCACCCAAGGAAUCAGCUUUUCCCAUUAA